AGUGGUCUCAUAGGAAGAUCAUGGGCUAUGAUUUUCGCAGCUUCCGGAUACAAAGCGUGUUUGUACGAUAUCGAGCCAAAACAAAUUGAAGGAGCAUUGGCAGAUGUUAAAACACAGCUCAAGACUCUUGAAGCAGAUGGACUUCUCAGAGGAAAUCUUUCAGCUGACCAACAGUUUUCUCUCAUUGAGGGUACCACAAACCUUCAAGAAGCAGUAAAAAACGCCAGUAUAAUACAGGAGUGUGUACCAGAGAGACUCGAACUGAAAAGGAAAGUAUGGAAGCAAGUUGAUGAUGUUGUAUCGCCAAAUACAAUUUUAUCUAGUUCCACAUCGACUUUCCUCCCAUCUUCUUUAAGCGAUCACCUCACAAACAAAAAAAAUUUCAUUGUAUCUCAUCCCGUGAACCCUCCUUAUUAUGUCCCAGUUAUUGAAGUAGUUCCUGCUCCUUGGACUGAUCCAGAAGUUGCUAAAAAAACCAGAGCCAUUUGGGAGGAGGUAGGUCAGACACCUGUUUCGCUUACGAAAGAAGUACCUGGAUUUAUUAUAAACAGACUUCAAUAUGCUAUAUUGAAUGAAACCUGGCACUUGGUAACCGAAGGGGUCCUCAAUGUGAGCGAUAUUGACAAAAUCAUGUCGGAGGGCUUGGGAAUGAGGUAUGCCUUCUUGGGAAUGCUUGAGACCACACAUCUGAAUGAUCAUGGUUUUGUGAAUUACUGUAAAAGUUACGCAGACACUAUCUAUGCUGUGAGCAAGGAUUUUAAGCCUACCCCGAAGUUUGAAGGACCACAUGUUCUGGAAAUUGCGAAACAAUUGGAGAAAGAUGUUCCUUUGGAUAAAUUACAGGAGAGAAGAAAUUGGCGGGACAAGUGUUUGACGAAGUUGAGCCAGCUGAAGAAACAAAUGAAUAAAUUGAAAAUUUAAUGAAUGAUAUAAUUUUGUUGUCUGGGUGGCAUAUUAAAUUGUUAGAUUUCAAUAA